AUGGGGCAGGAGCCGCAGUCCAGCGCCCACUUGAGGUGGAAGCGCUGCGAGACGCCAGGCGUGCUGACUCUGUGUCAUCUCAGCAAGCUUCUCGACAAGCUCCAGGACCACCACCGAGAAGAUGUGCAGCUCUACACCUCGGGGUACUUGAACCCCGACAAGCUGUACCGCCCCCCCGAGACCAUCCUGCGGCACUGGGCCAAUGCCCACCGGCCCAAGGAGGACGCCGGCCGCAGGGUGCAGAGGCCCUGUGCCGAGAAGGUGGCCAGGAUGAAGGAGGCCCUGGCCUACUUCACGGUCAACACCGCCCUGCACCCCAGCGAGGCCCCGGGGUCCCCCCUGUUCCGGUACCUGCACCCCGCAGGGCGCGCCUCCCGGCCAUCUGAGGAGCAGGACCUGCGGCCCCGGGGCCCCGACUGGCCGGCCUCUCCCGGGAGGAGGAAGGAGGAGCUGCAGCUGCCGGACAUCAGGGUCCUGAAGCCCCGGCCCCCCGGGUCCAGCCGGCAGUGCUGGCUGGCGGCCCCCGCGAAGGAUGAGUACCGCUAUGUCAGCUCCCACCUGGGCGGCCUCACCUGGGCUGACAGGUACAGCGCCUUCCUGCGCUUCCAGAGGGACGUCCUUGGUGGCCAGGACCUGAAGGAGAGCGAUUACACUGGCAGCAAGGGCAUGCUGGGCCGCCAGAGGAAGCUGGAGCAGGAGCUGCAGAAGUUCUGCCUGUGUGACUCUUCUCAGCUCAGCCGGCUCCACGUCUUCGGGGAAGUCUUUGAGGAUAUUUGCAACACUUCUCUGAUUUUCGGUGACAUCUUGAAGGAGAUCAAGGAGGAGUACGAGUUGUACAUGGCGAUUCUGCUGCAGUCCCAGCCCAGUGACACCUACAAG